CUUUUACAAUUUUGUUAUAUUUUACAUAUACUAUGAUUAGUCUUUCAGGUCAGAAACUGUUGUGAGAUUGGUAUGCACUGAUACAUUAGUACACACGUCAAAAGUAAACAGCUAAACCGGCUACCAACCAUGCAUUUCCAAUUCGUGAUAGCAUUAUCUUCCAUAAUGCUAUCUACCACAGUUACUGGUUUUCCGCUCAGUCAAUUUUAUCCUUUUGGCUCGGCUGUAGGAGACAUCAUUUUACCCUCCAAUGAUGAUGAAUCUACUCCUAGUAUUUAUGUAUCGGUACCUUUUCCGUUCUUUGGGUCAUCAUACAGUUCCAUCUAUGUCAAUAAUAACGGUUACGUUACAUUUGAUCCCGCAUUGAAGCAGUUUAUCGCACAAGCCUUUCCUAUAAAUGGAUCACAUAAAAUGAUUGCUGCAUUUUGGACGGACAUAGAUACUGAUCCGGGAGGGUCUCUGUGGUAUCGAACAACAACAGAUUCAACCACUUUACAAAACGGAACAAACACUGUCCGUACUGUAUUUCCUAGCUUUGGUACCUUUUCUGCAACAUGGAUGAUGAUCGUCACUUGGAAUGACGUGGCUGCAUAUGACUGUUCUGAUACCGGUGCAAUCAAUUGUCAGCAGAGGAACACAUUCCAGCUCGUUUUAAUCUCAAACGAAGUUCAUUCAUUUGCUGUAUUCAUGUAUAAUGUAAUUAACUGGACAAACAAAGCUGAGGCUGGGUACAAUGCCGGUGAUGGAAUACAUUACUAUUCCGUUCCUGGAUCUAUGACAGAGAGUAUGUUAAAUCUCCCUCAAGCAUCGAACGUUGGUGUACCUGGCCAGUUUGUCUUCAUGGUGGAUAAGAAAACGACUGAUGUUAUACCACAAAUCCUCACCUUUGAAAGCAACAGCUCAGUACUGCGUGAAGGAAAGUCUGCCUGGUUGAAUUUAGAUUUAAGAGGAAAUACAAUGUACGAAGUUCAAUGGUUUCAUAGUGGAUACUUGAUUAGUAAUUCAACAAGAAGAUACAAACUGACGUCAUUUGAAACACAAACAAACACUUCUUUACACACCUUGCAAAUUAACGACGUUUUAAAAAGAGAUGAAGGAGAAUGGAAAAUCAUAGUGAAAAAUAGUGUUAUGGAUAUAUCCAGCCAUUUGAAUCUUACAGUUAUUCCUAGAUUGUUGCUUAUUAUGACACCACAGUACGACUUUUCUAUUAUGAUGGGUGAGAAAAUUAAUCUUCAAUGUACAGUCAGUAACCCCGAGUCAUUGCGAGAUGCUGCUAAUGGAAGUCUCGUGAUGACUAAAGAUGGCACUGUGUUAUCAGGUCUUAUAAGUUCAAACUUGUCAACAACAUGGACCAAAACUACAGCAAUGGAAGAUGAUACUGGUAGAUACACAUGUACACAUUCAAGCUACCAGGACCCUAUGUAUGUUUCUGUGAAUGUUACUGUCUUUAAACCAGAACAAAAUAGAUGUGAAAGCGAAUGGUCAGAUGGAAUACUAUGGAACAUUACACUUGCAAACACAACGAAAGAGGAACCCUGUCCUUCCAAACAGAAAGGAAUGGCAACAAGAUAUUGUACACAGCUUGGAGUGUGGGAAUCUCCAAGUUUUAUCAAAUGCACUACUGAAGCUUUCAUAAUAGCUUUAUCGCAGAUUGAUGAAAUAAUAGAAGAUGGACUUGACGGAUUGGAAAACACUGAGAAAGUUCAGGAAGUAAUCAACGACACUCUAAAAUUGAUGAAAAACCUAACAUCGUCGACCUUUGAACUUAGUGCUGGGGAUCUGAGCGCCUCUCUGGACGUUUUAGACAAAAUUGUCAACGUCACAAAUUCUACAGGGUCAGCAAUCGAAAAAGAGGUGUUUUAUGCUGUAAUUGACAAUGUUUUAUCAACAAAUAACACAAAAUCGUGGGCGGCUGUAAGUGAAAAGACGGAUAAAGACGCAAGCUCCAUUCUGAAGAAUAUGGAUCGCAUUAGUGAGAUUGUGAUUCAAAGCGGCAAUAUUACGGCAUCCCAAUUCAGUGGCUUAAAUUUCGAGCUAACUGUAAACAAAACGAACUUAGAUGAAAAUGGAAUAUGUUUCCCCGAUGUAUCACCAUGCAACAAGACUAAAAUCAAAGAACAAAAUCCGACUUUUCUUGAACUACCAAAACAAAACAUGGAAGCAGAAAGUGCCAUAAACUAUGUUGCUGUUGUAUAUAAAACAAUGUCAGAUAUUUUGCCAUCCGCUUCAGAUAGCGGUCAGAAUGGAGGGAAUUCAGUGCAGAAAUCGAAGACAGCAACAUUUGUCAAUUCUCAGAUACUAUCUCUUACCACGCAAAAAGACUUAGGAGAAUUGGAUCCAAACCUGACUUUAACAUUUCGGCACAUAACAAAUAAUGAAUUUACUAAAAUCGAAGCAAGUUGCGUAUCUUGGGAUUUUACCAUUAGCAAAUGGACAAAAGAAGGAUGUUACGUCAUACAAAGUGGUCAAAACAAAACAGUCUGCCAAUGCAGCCACCUUACCAAUUUUGCCAUUUUAAUGAGACCGUAUUUUCCUGUGACAGAAGAUCAACCAUUGUUAAAAACAAUGUCUUUGGUUGGGGUGAUUCUCUCCAUAUCAUUUACAGCUUUUACAUUUAUUAUCUACAUCAUGACGUGGAGAUACAUCAAAAGUGACCAAAACAUCAUCAUGAUGAAUCUCUGUGGAUCGCUUAUUCUUUCCUAUGUGAUAUUUAUAUCAGCUGUUGAACAGAAAAGUAAUGAGGCCGCGUGCAUUGCAAUCACUUCAGUUAUCCACUACCUUUUCCUGGUCACAUUCUUUAGUAUGCUAGGAAUGGGUGUAUAUUACUUUAUGAGUAUAACAGUCACCUACUAUGCGAUGUAUGUGGCAAACAACUUUAAGUCUAAAUCUAGAGUCCAGUGGUUCUUGUUAGCAAUAUGGGGUGUCCCUUUCCUUAUUACAACAACAACUCUUGGAGCGUUUUGGGGAGAAGGUUAUCACCUAGAAUCUUAUUGCUGGCUGAGCAUCGAAAGUGGCUCUCUCUAUAUGUUUAUCAUUCCAGUCUGUCUCAUAUGCGUGUUAAACAUACUGAUAAUUGUCUCACUGGUAAGAGUAUUGUGUGCUUCAAGCGCAAUGAUGAAGUCUUCACUGCAGAAAAAGGCAACAUCCGGUCUGCGAUCACUUGGGACGCUUCUACCAGUGCUAGGGGUCACCUGGUUAUUCGGAAUUCUGGCCGUUAACGAAAAUGCAGAUGUUUUUCAGUAUAUUUUUGUCAUUGCAAAUUCACUACAGGGUUUUUUCAUAUUUGUUUCGCAUGUAUUGUUGAACAAAAAGGUAAUACAAGGUUUAAGGAACAGAUACCCAGUCAUCAGUUCUCUUAAAAGUAAAGCUGAACACGGCAAACCGGAAGCUGAUUCUGCUUCCCAAAGUCAGUCGACUUCUAAAUCUAAUUCAGCGUUGGUGACAACAAAGAAAAAGAGUAUAUUUCAAAGAAUUCUUGAUAGUAAAGAAGAAAAUUUGGAUUUGACAGAAAGAACAAUAUCUACUGAUAUUCAUUCAAGUGUUACCCACGAAAAAAACUCUGCCGUGCCUGAGAAUAAAUCUACUAAUCUCACUGUAACACUUUUAGCAGAGGAGAACAGAGGAUUUCGGUUUUCCUUCAUUUUAAACCUGUGGCAGAAGAGAAGUGUACAGUGACAAAAAUGUUAAAAGAAGUUUCAACAAAAACAAACUUUCUUUUCUAACCUCUAGCAGUUCACAAUUAUAAAAUACACUUUAAGACUUUGCAUAUUUUACAUUCAAUUAGAAUUCAUGAACUAUUUCAAACAACUAUUUAACCGUGCUGCGUCACAAAUAUUAGGACUGAGAAUUGUUAAUGUCGUAUCUAAAGUCAAAACUUUCAUUGCCUGUCUUGUCUUUUAACUCCUUUCUCCAACACACUCGUGUAGUUCUGUAGGCAACGGGAAAAAAGCUAUUUUCUAUUAAAGAUACAGUCCUAAAAUGUGUGCAUUUAAGCAACUGAUGAAUAUUUGAUGCGUCUAUAUUCCAGUGCAUCCGGAGUCUUUUACAUCUAAAUAAACUGUUUUUCUCAUACAAUAGUAUGCAGUAUUCAUAUUAUGAAUUUUUUACCUUUUU